GGCGGUAAGGGAUAAUUUUCAUAAGGAGGAGCCAGUUGUACAGCUGAGGCUUCCAGUGAUCACACUUCGGAGGAGCCCCGCAUUGAGUUCAGCUACUUAACGCACUGGGUUCGGAGAAGGCUCAGUGUUACUACAGAUUAGAUUGGUGGUUGCAGAUUAUGGCAUGUAACAUGCAUAAGACUAUGAUUGCUUUCUUCAUCCUUUGGUCUCUGUAUAAAGGGUCCCUUUCAGCUAAAUAUAAGGUUGUAUCGGCACCAUCAGUUGUUGCUACACUUGGGUCAGAUGUGCUGUUAACUUCUCUCCUGGCUCCUGAGAUGAGCGGAGAGAAGAUGGAAAUCCGUUGGUUUAAGCCUAUGUACCGGCCCUAUGUUCAUCUUUAUAUUAAUGGGAAAGAUGAUUACACAGCCCAGAUGCCACAGUUUGCUAACAGAACAGAACUGCUAAAAGAGAACAUCACUAGGGGAAUUUUCCCUUUGAUGAUCCGUAACCUCACCGCUCAGGAUUCUGGGAAAUAUUAUUGUUAUGUUGAGUCCAGUGACCAUCACAGCAUGGCAACAGUUGAUUUCAUUGUUACUGUUCCCUGCCACCCAAAAACUCACUCACAUAAGGAAAGUGGAGUCAGGAUACCCCGUGAUGUGUCCAUCAACCAAGAGAGACAGAGCCAGGCACAAAGAUCAGACAGUCCAAAAGAAGGGGCUGUUGGAUCUCCCCCUGUCAUUUCCACAAUUGCUGACGACACUGUGUUUUGUGAGUCCGAUGGCUGGUACCCAGAACCGUAUUUGAUUUGGACAGAUAAUGAGGGGAACAAAGUAAUGCCAUCAAUGGAAAAAGUUUUCAAAGACGAAAAGAGCUUGUAUCAAGUUAUUAGUGCUAUUUACCUGCCGCCCACAUCAUCAAAUAUCACUUGCACUGUGUCCAGCUCUCUAAAUCAGAGCAAGGAAAGCUCCAGGCAGAUCAGAGCUGUUGGGUCUCCCCCUGUCAUUUCCACAAUUACUGAAGACACUGUGUUUUGUGAGUCCGAUGGCUGGUACCCAGAACCCUAUUUAGUUUGGACAGAUGAUGAAGGAAACAAUAUAAUUCCAUCAAUGGAAAAAGUUUCCAAAGACAAAAAAAGCUUGUAUCAAGUUAUUAGUGCUAUUUACCUGCCGCCUGCAUCAUCAAAUAUCACUUGCACUGUGUCCAGCUCUCUAAAUCAGAGCAAGCAAAGCUCCAGGCAGACCAUAGAAAUGAGACCAGUAACCUGCAGGGAUCAGUACAGUCGCUACAUUGUAUUCUGCGCUUGUCUGGUUGUUAUACUGAUGUUGCUUGGGUAUAUUUGCUUUCUGUUGAAGAGACUUGGAGAACUUCAGAGAAAUGUAAAUGGGAAUCUGUGAGCAGGGGAUCCUGCCGGAAUAUCGCAGUCAGAAGGGAUUCAACUCACUCAGCUCCACUUCUGAACUGCCAGUAACAAACAUGGAAGAAAAAGUCCCUAUUAUGAACAGGGGAGUGAUCUACA